AAUUUUCUCACUCUCACUUUGGAUUCUUUUUUUUCUUCUUCCAUCUGAUAAGUUCUGCUUUUAUCACUGCAAAAGGGCCACUGCUAUUAUUUAAUUUCUUUCCAGUUUUUGCUUACAGCAUUUGCAGGUUUCAACACGUUAUCGGUCAAAAAUGGUGCCUUUUUUUUGUUUAUGUUCUUCUCUACUUUAAACCUUUAUCUUCUUUUCUUGUUUCAUUUCUUACUUAUUGUACCUCGUAACUAAAAAUCAACAGUUUUGCAGCAUGGCCCCCUUUGAUCAUUUAUAGACCUCUCUUUAUUCAGUAGAACUCCUUUUUGUAUCAUGUGGUCAUUUUUCCUUCUCUCAUGUUUGUCUUUUGUAUACUAUUUUUCUUGUCCUUCUCUCAGCUUGAAAUAUUUUUCUUCAGCUUAUGAUUAUUCACCUCCAAGUCAUGCUUUUGGGGUUUGAGGGGCUGUCUUGCAUAUAAUUCUUUCAACAAAGUGCAAGUUUUUACCUUUUUUAUAUAUAAUUAUUUUAUUGUUGCUAUGUGAGAAUUUGGAGAAAUUGAGUUCUUGGUUUCUAGAGAACUCAUAAAGAAAGCUCAAACGAAUCUUAAUUUCUUUGUUCUGUUAAGCAAGUAGAGAAAAUCCUUAUGAAUCUGGUGAGGUACAAGAGGAGAUACUAUUGCGAUUUCGGUUUUGAUCCAAGCGUGAAAACUUCAUAUAGUGGGGAGGGAAAGGGAAGAUAAAAGAUAGAAAUGGGAUGUACUACCUCAAAGCUUGAUGAAGAAGAGGCAGUUCAGCUUUGUAAAGAUCGAAAAAGAUACAUUAAGCAGGCUGUAGAGCAGCGAACACGAUUUGCAUCAGGACACUUGGCUUAUAUCCAGUCCUUGAAAAGAGUUUUGGCAGCUCUUAGGGAUUAUGUUGAAGGAGACGAGCCCCGAGAGUUCUUGUUAGAUUCAUUUAUAACACCGCCUUUUACGCCUGUGAAGAAAACUAGUCCUGGUUUCAUCUCAAUUUCGCCGAAAUCUUUCUCUGCAGCACCAAUCCAAUCUGGACCUACUUCGACUUUGAAAGUAAAUUUUUUGAGGUCAGGGGGGAACCAAUCAGUUUCAGUUGAGGAGAGACCUCAAUCACCGGAAACACUCCGAGUCGAAUCGUACUCUCCAAUGCAUCAUUACGGUGCUGAUGGAUUCUUUGCGAUGCAAUCCUCACCAAUGUAUUCUUCGUUCUUCUCAUAUUCCCCCAACAAUAGGCCCAGCAUUCCUCCACCGUCUCCUCAAACUUCACAAUGGGAUGGCUUUUGGAACCCAUUUUCAUCAUUAGACUACUAUGGUUAUCCCAAUCGUAGCAGCCUUGAUCAGAUGGGUAUGGAUGAUGACAUAAGAGGACUAAGGCAGGUUCGAGAAGAAGAGGGGAUUCCUGACCUGGAAGAUGAAACUGAACAAGAAGACUCAGAUAACAAGGCAAACUUAGCAGGAGAACGAGCCAAGGUUGUUUCCAAUUACGCAAGAGAAGAAGUGCUUGUUGAAGAUGUUGACGAGGAUGAGGAUGAGGAGGAUGAAGAAACUGAUAGUGACUGUGAAUGUGAAUGUGAAAGUGAACAUGAAGUAAAUGGGCCACAAUCAGGAUUGCAAUCACAAGGUAGUGUGAAGAUAGAGCUAUCACGGUCUCAAAAUUCAGGACAGGUUGAGGUUCACAAUCAAGAAAUGGCAGCUGGUAAUGGUGAAGCCGCCAAGGUUGAAACACCAGGUUUUACUGUCUAUGUUAACCGAAGGCCAACAAGCAUGGCAGAAGUCAUCAAGGAUCUUGAAGAUCAGUUCACAGUUAUUUGCAAUUCAGCCAAGGAGGUGUCGGAUUUGUUAGAGUCUAGCAGAGCUCAGUACUCAUCAACUUCAAAUGAACUCACAGCCAUGAAAAUGUUGAAUCCAGUAGCACUGAUACGCUCAGCUUCAUCUCGGUCAUCAUCAUCAAGAUUUAUGAUCAAUUCUUCAAGUUCUAAAGAUGAAGAUUGUGAUAGCAGUAGUGACUUCUCAGAGGAAUCUUGCAUGCUCUCAGGUAGUCACCAAUCAACGUUGGACAGAUUAUAUGCCUGGGAGAAGAAACUCUAUCAAGAAGUUAGGUGUGGAGAAAAGGUUCGAAUUGCGUAUGAGAAGAAGUGUAUGCAACUCAGGAACCAAGAUGUUAAAGGAGAGGACCCCUCUGUGCUGGAUAAAACAAGGACAGCCAUUAGGGAUCUGCAUACUCAGAUAAAGGUUUCAAUACACUCAGUUGAAGCGGUGUCAAAGAGAAUAGAAACUUUAAGGGAUGAAGAAUUGCAGCCUCAACUUUUGGAAUUGGUACAAGGGUUAGCGAGGAUGUGGAAAGUAAUGGCAGAAUGCCACCAGUCACAGAAGCGCACUUUAGAUGAAGCCAAGCUUUUACUAGCCGGCACACCUUCAAAACUUGAAACAAAACGGCACUCUUCCAUGUCAGUUGCUGACCCUCAACGGCUAGCCAGGUCGGCUUCCAACCUCGAGACAGAACUCAGGAAUUGGCGAGCGUGUUUUGAGGCAUGGAUCACUUCUCAACGAUCCUAUCUUCACGCGCUAACCGGCUGGCUCCUCAGGUGUGUCAGGUUGGAUCCUGACACGUCAAAACUUCCAUUCUCACCUCCUCGAUCCAGUGGAACCUUUCCAAUAUUUGGACUUUGCAUCCAAUGGUCAAGGUUUCUUGAUGCAAUGCAGGACAUACCAGUUCUUGAUGGCCUAGAUUUUUUUGCUGCUGGGAUGGGGUCUAUCUAUGCACAGCAGCUAAGAGACGAUUCACACAGGGUCCCAGUCAGUUCAAAGAGAUUUGGAGCUGGGUUGUCAGUUGAAUCAGGAAGAAGUAUGGAAUUGAUGGAGGUUGGUGAAGUAGAAGAUGUAAUGACUACAGAGAAAAUGGCUGAAGUUGCCAUAAAGGUACUAUGUGCAGGAAUGUCAGUUGCAAUGAGCUCACUGACCGAAUUUGCUAUUGGUUCUGCAGACGGAUAUGCAGAGCUUGUUAAGCAAUGGGAGAAUGUCAACUCCCAGAGUUCCAGUAGGGCUGGAACAUAAUCCAGGAUAUCCUUGUGGAUAAUUUUGCUAGCAUCGUUGAUGUAAUUAUAAUUUAUAUGUUAUAACCUAAAUGGCAAAGGUAGUAUAGAGAAGUUGCUGCUCCUACUAA